UUGGGAGGAAAAAAAGAAUCAAAAUUUCCGGACUCCACCCACAUGUUUAAACCGCAAUUAACAACACUCGAAUGAGGUCCGCGCAGCGGUGGCUUUACUCGACGCUCAGCUGACUGCGGCAGACCAGUGAGACCGCCCUCGAAGGCCGUGCCGCGAAGCCAACGGCACACUGGCGAUGGAAGCGUGACAGGAUGAAUCCAGGAGGAAGAGGUCAAAAUGUCGGCCUUGGUAUGAGAUCGCUCGCCAAGACAGUGGUGAAGGUGGACGCAUUCCGGGAGGAUCCCUCCUUGCAAGGAGUCGCUGAUUCGAUGGGGAGACGGUUGACGCUGGUUCCUUCGAUCGCCUUCUUACUCUUGCUCAUGCCCUUCUUUGCCGUUCAUUGUAAUGGAAGCAAGGUUGGUGUGUGCUACGGCCGCAAUGCUGAUGACCUUCCAACACCAGACAAAGUUGCACAGCUGAUCCAGCUUCACUCUAUCAAGUAUGUUCGAAUCUAUGACUCCAACAUACAGGUAAUCAAGGCAUUUGCUAACACAGGCGUGGAGCUCAUGGUUGGUGUUCCAAACUCGGACUUGCUCCCUUUCUCACAGUACCAAUCCAAUGUCGAUACUUGGCUCAAGAACAGUAUACUCCCCUACUACCCAGCGACAAUGAUCACCUACAUUACGGUGGGAGCUGAGGUCACUGAGAUCAAAGACAAUGUUUCAGCCUUGGUGGUACCUGCCAUGGUUAAUGUUCUUACAGCACUUAAGAAGGUUGGCUUGCACAAAAGAAUUAAAGUAUCUAGCACACAUUCUCUUGGAAUUUUAUCCAGAUCAUUUCCACCUUCGGCUGGGGCUUUGGACAGUAAAUAUGCAUUCUUUUUGAAGCCUAUGUUAGAGUUCCUUGUUGAGAACAAUUCUCCAUUCAUGGUGGAUCUCUAUCCCUACUAUGCUUAUAGAGAGUCUCCUAGUAACGUCUCUUUGGACUAUGCUCUCUUCUCUUCAUCAGCAGUUGAUGUAAUUGAUCCAAAUACUGGUCUUGUGUACACAAACAUGUUUGAUGCACAGUUGGAUUCUAUCUUUUUCGCUCUAAUGGCAUUAAAUUUUAGAACAUUGAAGAUUAUGGUCACUGAAUCAGGAUGGCCAAACAAAGGUGCUGCUAAGGAAACUGCUGCAACUCCAGAUAAUGCACAGACUUACAACACCAAUCUGAUUCGUCAUGUUGUCAAUGAUGCUGGAACUCCGACAAAGCCAGGGGAGCAAAUUGAUAUCUAUGUUUUUUCAUUGUUCAAUGAGAAUAGGAAACCAGGUUUGGAGUCAGAGAGGAAUUGGGGUCUGUUCUAUCCAGAUCAGACUAGUGUGUAUAGUCUUGAUUGGACUGGUAUGGGAAAUGUGGACAUUGUUACUGGGGCAAAUAUCACUAGUUCGAAUGGUACCUGGUGUGUGGCUUCCAGCAAUGCUUCAGACGCAGAUUUACAAAAUGCACUGAACUGGGCUUGUGGCUCAGGCAAUGUUGAUUGUUCAGCUAUUCAACCUAGUCAGCCAUGUUAUCAACCAGAUACAUUGGCUUCUCAUGCAUCUUAUGCUUUCAAUAGCUUCUAUCAGCUGAAUGGUGCUACUGAUGUUGCUUGCAACUUUGGAGGUACAGGAGUAAAAACUAUCAAAGAUCCAAGUUAUGAUGCAUGUGUUUAUUCCACCUCGAGUAAGAUGGGCACUGGGAAUUCUACUACAUCAGCGGCUCUAACAUCUAGUUCAGAGGGCAGCAAUCCUUCAUGGCUAAAAGAAAGCCUGCCUUACAUGUUCACUCUAUUGUUUGUCUACAUUGCGGGCAUUGCCUCUCAUUAAGAUAAAUUAGGCUCAGCACUUAUGUUGUCAGAGAUCGCGAUAAGUGGAUUAUCGUGGAGUUUGAUGGUUGUGAAAUCUUCGUUGGUGGGCAAUCCAUUGUCGAAUACUACUGUCGCUGUAAGAACACUUUAGGAUGAGUAAUUCGCUGCUUAUCGGUAUGCAUAUCAAAUAUUAGUGAUAAAUUGUCCUAAAGAAUUCUCAAGGUUAAUGAUAGUUGCUUGGUGUAAUGCUAGAAGUGUCUGUCAAUAUACCAUAAUCUAAGUGUUUAAACUAGUAUAAUGACUUUGUCAAAGUCAUGGGUAUUUAUAAUUAUUUCUCUUAUUUGACAAA